AUGGAGGCACCGGGCUGCCCGGCCUUUCCCCCUCCCCAGCGGGCCGGACCCUUCCCGGGGCAGCCCCGGGCUCCCCCCGCCUUCACCGUCCAUCCCCCGGCCGCGCCCCGGCCGCCGCCGCCGCUCAGCCCCCGCCCGGGCCGCUGCCCGCCGGACAAGCCCCGGUGCCCGGGGGUCUCCGGCCCGGCCCCUCUCGCCGUGGCCGCCCGUGGGAAGCCCCUGAACCCGCCCGGGGCUGCAGGCAGCCAGAAGGGGGGCAAAGGCGGGUACCAGGCGCUGCCCAGGGGCUGCCGGGGCCCCGCAGAGGCGCCGGGGCGGCUGUUGGGCUGCCCCCUGGCAGCACCCCUGGGCAGCCUCCAGGAACACGGGCUCCCCGAGCUCCCCCAGCCCCUGGGCAAGAGCAAAGGCAAGAAGAGGAGGAACAGGACGACCUUCAGCACGUUCCAGCUGGAGGAGCUGGAGAAAGUCUUCCAGAAGACGCAUUACCCCGACGUGUGCGCCCGGGAGCAGCUGGCGCUGCGCACAGCCCUGAGCGAGGCCCGAGUGCAGGUCUGGUUCCAGAACCGACGGGCCAAGUGGCGGAAACGGGAACGUUACGGGAAGAUGCAGGAGCUGCACAACCUGUGGCCCAGCCCCAGCCCCGCUGGGCUCCUGCCCCCCGCCAGCCUCCCGCCCCCCUGCCUGUCCCCACACCCCCACAGCACCGUGCCAGGCUUCGUGGGCAUCCCCCCUGCCCCCAGCCCCCACCCUGGCAGCAGCAGCCUCUACUCCCUGCACAGCCUCCCCCCUCCCCCAGCCCUGGGCACCCCCCUCUUUGAGCCUGAGCCGCACUGCAAGGCUCCCACGCUGGUGCCGCUGAGGGUGAAGGGCAAAGAGGUGCCCAGCACCUUGCUGGGCUGGGCUACGUGA